GUGCGUAUGUUAGUCGUCGUGUAAAAAUGGAGGUGCCGUUGAAUAUCAGCUAUGUCAGUUCGAAUCAAAGUUCUCCUCUCAUUGGACUUACGUUGCAUCAGCUGCUUGAGAAGAGGGUUAAUGAACAUCCAGAUCGUGAAAUAUAUGUCUUUCCCGAAGAUGGCGAGAGAAUCACAUUCAAAGUUUUUAAAGAUCGGGUUGAAAAACUAGCUGCUGGGCUGUUAUCCAUUGGGAUAAAGAAAGGCGACCGACUGGCAUUGUGGGGCAACAUCCAUAUGGAAACCCUACUGUUUGUUGCUGCAGCAAGAUCCUUUGGCGUUAUUACAGUACGCAUUUUGCCGGCUUUCCCAAAUACCAGCGUGAAAGAUAUUUUGCUUCAAGUGAGGAUAUUUUAUUUCCAUUUCCUUCAUAUCGGUAGACAGACAAUGAAUAAUGCACGAUCAGCAUUUAAUCAGAAAAUAGUCAUUUUCCAUAUGAGGGAGUUUUCGGUUUGCGUGACAACGUUAUCCUCUGUGACUAUCCUUCUACGUGUUCCAUGCACAACUUAAUGAUUUGUACUGGGCGCUGAUUGGGGCAUUUGCUAUUUUGUCGACAAAAUAUCAUUUUUUAAAGGGUAAAGUUAGGUAUUUAUUUUGUCACCACAAAAUUUUAUUCUGUAGACAAAAUUACUUUUGUAGAAAACAGAAUUCAUUUUGUCGACAGAAGCACCUUAUGUGAGAGACGGAACGCCUCUUCUUAUUUUUAAUGACGCGCUGAUAAAGCUUUGUACUACAAUCCACCUAUUUCACUUUGUUACUUAAUGGUGGUGACGCCAUCUGUAUGUCCAAUAGCGAGGCUGUACUGUAAAUUUCUGAAAAUCAAAGUCAGACUUCAUUUGCAAAAAGUAAUUUAUUUGAGAAUAUAAUUUAUUUAAAAAAUGAAAAAGUUAGUGUGUACUACAUUUUUGACAUGUUAUUUAUUAUCGCUGUACAUUUUUUGAAAAUUUGAUUUUAAGGUGUGAUUUUGAGAUUGAAGUCGUACCUUGUUUAGUGUGAGGCCAUCCAAGGGAUAACAAUACACGAUCAUGCAGUAAUGAACCAACUAAAUAGUUUACAAAUUGGACUCUAUUCUUUUGACUAUAACUAUAUGCUAUAUUAUGGUUAUGACUAACAUAAAUGAUUAAAUGGAAUCGUUUAUUUUAAUCACCAAGACAAAGGAAUGUCUCAGCGCAAUCCGUCAGGCAGUCUAGGCAUACACCGCCGCUGCACACUAUCUAUUAUGCAUAUAACCUCGUUCUGCCUCACACAAAAGGUGCU